AUGGGCGAUGUCAAGACUACUGAUGCAGGUUCAUCUUCCAACCCCAAACAGCCUACGCUCCAUCCUGUUUACACAUUUACAAAUAUCCAGAACAAGGUGCGUGUUCUGGACGGUACCAAGGUCACCUAUUCGUCUUGGGUGAAGCUUUUUCAACUCCAUGCUCGUGGUUACAAAGUCACACACCACAUAGACGGUACCCCUCCUCCUGCUAAAACUGAUCCUGACUAUGAGUCAUGGAUGGAGAUCGAUGCCAUUGUUUUGCAAUGGAUAUAUGGAACCCUAUCUGACGAUCUUCUGGUUCAGGUCCUCGAACCUGAAUCUACUGCUUUGGAGGCCUGGUUACGCAUCAAAGGUCUGUUUACCAAUAACAAAGGGUCUAGGGCAGCCACCCUAGAACAUCAGUUUAUCAAUCUGACUCUGAAAUCCAUGCCAUCUCUGGAUGCCUAUUGCCAACGGUUAAAGGAAAUUGCUAAUCAGUUAGCUGAUGUUGACCAACCUGUCUCAAAUCAGCGCCUCAUCCUUCAACUUGUUCGAGGCCUCCCGUCUGAAUUCGACACCACAGCAAGCAUCAUCAACAAAGAAAUCCCCACGUGGGAAGAAGCGAUCAGCUUGCUUCAAUCAGACCAGCAGCGCCAAGAGGCUCGGGAUUCUCUAGCCUCCUCUGCAGCCUCCCCUUCUGUCAUGACUAUGACCGAUGAAAACCGACAACAACAGCCUCCUAAUCGCCGACAGCAGUCUCGUGGUGGUGGGGGGCUCCUACAGGGGCGGUGGCAGAGGCGGUGGGGGUUCUUACAGGGGUCGUGGUGGCGAUUCUGGUCAACCACAACAGCAGCGCAAUAUCAACAACAGCAGCAGCCGUUCAGCAACACAGCAACAGUCUGGUUCAUGGACUAA